UUCCAGGGAUCGGGGGGGGGUCCCCAAAACCGGGGGGUUUCCCAGGGAUCGAGGGGAGUCCCCAGAAAUGGGAAGGGGGGAUUUCCCCAAAAGUUGGGGUCCCCAGGAAUCCAGGGAAUUCUGCAGGGAUCCAGGGGCUUCCCAGGGAUUGAGGGGGGUCCCCAAGGAUCAGGGAGGGGGUUCCCAGGGAUCGGGGGGGGUCCCCAAAAUUGGGGGGCUCUCCAGGGAUUGAGGAGUUCCUCGGGAUCAAGGGGGGGUCCCCAAUAAUGGGAGAGGGGGUUUCCCAGGGAUCGAGGGGAGUCCCCAAAAACGUGUGUGGGGGUUUUCCUCAAAAAUUGGGAUCCCCAGGAAUCCAGGGAAUUCUCCAGGGAUCCAGGGGCUUCCCAGGGGUUGAGGGGGGGGGUCCCCAAAAUUGGGGGGCUCUCCAGGGAUUGAGGAGUUCCCCGGGAUCGAGGGGGGGUCCCCAAUAGUGGGAGAGGGGGUUUUCCCCAAAAGUUGGGAUCCCCAGGAAUCCAGGGAAUUCUGCAGGGAUCCAGGGGCUUCCCAGGGAUUGAGGGGGGUCCCCAAGGAUCAGGGGGGGGUUCCCAAAACCGGGGGGUCCCCAAACCCGGGGGGUCCCCGGGCCCUGACCCGCCGCCCCCCCCAGCUCCAGCCCCGCUGUUCCUGUGGCCCCACAGGGAAUCGCUCGGGAAUCCGGGAUGUCGGACAGAGGGAGCGGCAUGGACGGACGGACGGACAUCGCCAACGGCAGCCUGUCGAGCAGCCCCGAGGACAUGUCGGCCGAGGAUGGGCGCGAGACGUCGUCGGGGAUCGAGGUGGAGGCGUCGGACGCGAGCCUGAGCCUGACGGGCUCGGCCAGCCUGAGCCUGACGGGCUCCUCGGAGCCGGCGGCGCCCGCGGGGGGGACGCGGGGCCGGCCCCGCGGGGACACCGACAGCGACAGCUCCGGGGAGCGCGACUCGGACAGCAUGGACGACACCGGCCACUACUCCGUCCCCGAGGAGGAGCCGGCGGGGGGGGACGGCGACGAGGACGAGGAGGAGGAGGAGGAGGAGGAGGAGGAGGAGGAGGAGCGGCGCCGCUCCCGCCGGCGCUCGCCGCGCAAGCGGCCGCCCCGCGAGCGCGACUCGUCGGACGAGGAGCAGGCGCUGGAGGACUGGGUGGCCUCGGAGACGUGGGCGCUGCCGCGGCCGCGCUGGAGGGCGAUCCCCGCCCUGCGCCAGCGCCAGCUCGGCUCCUGCGCCCGCUUCGUGCCCGAGGCGUGCGGGGCCCGGCUCUUCGUGCAGCGCUUCCGCCUCCAGCACGGCCUGGAGGGGCACACGGGCUGCGUCAACACCCUGCACUUCAACCAGCGCGGCACCCGCCUGGCCAGCGGCUCCGACGACCUCAAGGUGCUCGUCUGGGACUGGCUCCGGCGCAGGCCCGUCCUCCAGUUCGACAGCGGCCACAAGAGCAACGUCUUCCAGGCGAAAUUCCUGCCCAACAGCGGGGACUCCACGCUGGCCAUGUGUGCCCGGGACGGGCAGGUCCGAGUGGCCGAGCUCUCGGCCACCCAGUGCUGCCGGGGCACCAAGCGGGUGGCACAGCACAAGGGGGCAUCACACAAGCUGGCCCUGGAGCCGGACUCCCCGUGCACGUUCCUGUCGGCGGGAGAAGACGCCGUCGUGUUCACCAUCGACCUGCGGCAGGACCGGCCCGCGUCGAAGUUGGUGGUGACGAAGGAGAAGGAGAAGAAGGUUGGGCUCUACACCAUCUACGUCAACCCCGCCAACACCUCCCACUUCGCCGUCGGCGGCAGAGACCAGUUCGUCAGGAUUUACGACCAGCGGAAAAUCGACGAGAACGAGAACAACGGAGUCCUGAAAAAGUUCUGCCCCCACCACCUGGUGAACAGCGAGUCCAAAGCCAACAUCACGUGCCUGGUGUACAGCCACGACGGCUCCGAGCUGCUGGCGAGUUACAACGACGAGGACAUUUACCUCUUCGACUCCGGGCACAGCGACGGCGCCCAGUACAGCAAACGCUACAAAGGGCACCGCAACAACGCCACGGAACUCCCAGGAACUCCCAGGAACUCCCAGCGCUCCCAGUAA